AUGAGCACCCGCCCACACUGUGCAUUGCAUGUUCUCCAGCUGAGAUGCAGUACACAGUGUUUAGCUGUUUCAGCAGUGCACAAUGUUAACCUGGCUCAGAUUCGAACCUUCACAGAAAUGGACUCCCAUGAGGAGAAAGUUUUCCGUGCUGUCAGAGAGACCCAGAAAAGGGAGGCCAAGGCAGAGAUGAGGAGGAAGGCCAAGGAGCUGCAGCAGUGUAGGAGAGAUGCUGAGCGCUCUGGAAAGAAGGUGCCAUCUUACGGAGGCUUUGGCAGCUCUAUUGUGACUGGUGUCUCUUCAGGAUCCAUCAUCACAGACACCAUCGUAGAGCCUGAGAAGCCCAAGAUCACCCCUACCACUGUCAGAUCCACUGGACCCAGUAAGGCUCUGAAACUCGGUGCUAAAGGAAAAGAGGUGGACAACUUUGUUGACAAGCUCAAGUCUGAGGGAGAAACAAUUGUAUCCAACACAGGAAAGAGAAGUACAGAUGUCUCCAAAGCCCUGCCACCACCAGCCAAUGUUGAGAGUGUGCAUCUUCGUGUGAAGGAAAAGAUCUUGCUGACUUGUGGUCGUGAUGGUGGCCUACAGAACAUGGAGGUGCUGGGAAUGGUGACGCUCCGAGUCACAGAUGACAAGUAUGGACGGAUCCGGCUCCUGGUCAACAAUAAUGACAACAAAGGCCUGCAGUUUCAAACACAUCCUAAAGUGGACAAGAAGUUGUUCACAGCAGAAUCUGUGAUUGAUCUGAAGAAACCCAGAUGCUCCGGCGCAUGUGGCACGCUGGACUUUUAUACUCCCAGGUGGGCAUCAGCUGGCAGGUGCCGCUGA